CCAAUAGAUCCCACGAAGAAGAAGAAGGGGCGGAGCGUGUGUCCAGCGCUAUAGAGACGAAAGUUAGAUUCACAUGACUCACAACACAUUCAGCGAGAAAAAACACCUUUAAGGACUCUCCUAUGGAUUCUCCGAUGGAGCCUCCUCGGCAGUCCAAGAAGACUAAGCAGAACCGAGAGCCAAAGCGCGGCCAGAAUCAGUCGAGGGCCCCUCCUCAAAAAGACGCCUAUGCCAGGCUGCUGAGUCAGCACAGCAGCAGCGUGUUCAGUUCAUAUCUGGAGCAGUGUGCACAGGACUCCUUAUCCCAAAAAGAGGCGAAUGAUUCCGGCUUCCACCACGACAAGCUUAACGGAGCACAACAAAGUCGGGAUUUCUCAGACCCAGGUGACUUCUCCCUGUCCUCAAAAAACAAAGGAGAGGAGAGUUCGCUGUCCCUGUACAUGGAGAAAUUAAGCACCCGCAAUGCUCGCCAGGAGCCUGAGAGGAAGCCAGGGGUGAGCGAGAGGCAGCAGCGAGGCCAGAGGAGGGACACCGCCACCAGCCAGGACGGCGAUAUCGAAUCCGGAGAGGAGGUUGCCUGCUCGAGACCCACCAGCGCCAAGAAACACCAGAAGCCGCAAAGGAAGAAGGAUGAGCCGAGCAAAAACGCUGGCCCCAAAGCGGCGGAGGAAUACGUCGGCCCCGUGACCGCCCCAGCUGACGCAGGCGAGCAGCAGCAAGAGAAGGCGAGGAAGUCAAAGAAAAAAAGCCAACCGAAGCACCCGGGGGAGGAAAAGAACGGAGAGGGGAUUCCGAAAUUACCCGCUGAUCCUCAGACACCGAGGCCAAAACCUGGCAUGGGGAAAACUGGUAAGCCUCAGCAGGCUGCAGCUGCAGGAACAGAUUCUCCAGGCGAGAGGAGUAAGAAUAAAGGAGACAGGCGAGCAAGGAAACAGGUGUUUGAGUCCUACAUGAGCCUGGAGGAGGUUUCCCAUGGCCUCAAGAGGGGAGAGCUUUACCAGGGACAAUUAAGAAUCAAUCCCAAGAAUUACACUGAAGCCUUCGUCCCAUCUCCUGACGACACUCGUGAUAUAUUCCUGGAUGGAGUCGUUGCCCGCAACAGAGCACUCAAUGGAGACAUAGUGGUGGUGGAGAUUCUUCCCCGGGAUCAGUGGAAGGUGGUGAGAUCUGACACGGACUGCGACAGCACCAGCGAGUCCGACACACAGACGAAGCACGUGGCACCGACAGCCCAGAACAGCACAAGGCACGCCCCGACUCCUAAUGCCACAGCAGAGGACCAGUCGAGUGACCCGGAGGAGCUCGUCAGACCUCAUGAUGUCUCAUUCACCGCCACAGGGGAACGUCAGGAAGAUCCUUCAACAACCCGAGCCAGUGCUGAAAUCCUCCAAAAGACUGCUAAAGUGGUUUACAUCGUUGAGCGCAAACACUCCCGCGCUGUAAUGGGCCACCUGAAGUUCCUCCCAGACAAGCCCUUCGCCAUGUUCUCUCCUGUCGACCACCGGGUGCCACGAAUAAACGUUAAACUCGACGACUGCCCCGCAGACUUCAGAACCCACCCAGGCGACUUUGCCAACAUCCUGUUCAUCUGUCGGAUCACCGACUGGCCAGCUGACAGCAACUUUGCUGACGGCCAGCUUGCUAAGACCCUGGGCCAAGCAGGAGAAAUCGAGCCAGAGACGGAGGGAAUCCUGACAGAGUACGACGUGGAUUUCUCCGAGUUCACAGAAGAGGUGUUGGACUGUCUUCCUAAGAACCUCCCCUGGACCAUCCCACCGGAGGAGUUUGCAAAGAGGAGGGACCUCCGGAAGGAGUGCAUCUUCACGAUCGAUCCUGCUACCGCCAGAGAUCUGGACGACGCUCUGUCAUGUAAACAGCUCCCUGAUGGCAACUUUGAGGUGGGAGUUCACAUUGCUGACGUGAGUUAUUUUGUGGAGGAGGGCACCGCGCUCGACACCAUCGCCAGCCAACGAGCCACCAGUGUGUACCUUGUUCAAAUGGUGGUUCCCAUGCUGCCCAGGCUGCUGUGUGAGGAGCUGUGCAGUCUGAAUCCUCUCACUGACCGGCUCACUUUCUCUGUCAUUUGGAAGCUCACGCCUGAGGGAAAGAUCCUGGACGAGUGGUUCGGCCGCUCAAUCAUCCGCUCCUGUGUGAAGCUGAGCUACGACGACGCUCAGAGAAUGAUCGAUGCCCCUGAGAAGUUAUUCCCUCUCGAGGAGCUUCCACCUAUUGACCCUGAGCACACAAUUGAUGAGAUACACCAAGCUGUGCUUUACCUGCACUCUAUUGCCAAGAACCUUCGAGCUCAACGCUUUAUUGGAGGAGCUCUUAGACUGGACCAGAUCAAACUUUCUUUCACACUUGACAAAGAGACCAUGAUGCCUCAAGGUUGUUAUAUUUAUGAAUACAGAGACAGCAACAAGUUAGUGGAGGAGUUCAUGCUGCUGGCUAACAUGGCCACAGCGACCCACAUUUAUGGGAAAUUCCCUGAGCUGGCCCUGCUGCGGCGCCACCCUCCACCCAGAACCAAAAUGCUGAAGGAGCUGGAGAUGCUUUGUAGCCAGCUUGGAUUGAACAUCGACUUCUCCUCUGCAGGAUCCAUACAAAAAAGCCUCUGUGCUGUUUAUGGAGAUGACGAGUACUCUGUUUACAGAAAGGAAGUCCUCAAUAACAUGUGUUCCAGGCCCAUGCAGCUGGCCUUGUACUUCUGUACCGGUGCACUGAAGAAAAAAGGAGAGUUUAGGCACUACGCUCUCAACGUUCCUCUCUACACACACUUCACAUCGCCCAUCAGACGCUACCCUGACAUCAUGGUGCACCGGCUGCUGGCGUCGUCUCUGAAGGUCGGUCCUGACUUGGGCCUGUCAACUGAGCAAGUGGAAAAACAGGCGGCGUACUGCAAUGAUAAGAAGACUUUGUCCAAAAGAGUCCAGGAGCUCAGCUCUGAGCUUUACUUUGGAGUUUUCGUGAAGGAGUGUGGCCCGCUGGACUCUAAGGCUAUGGUGAUGGGGGUGCUGAACAUGUCGUUUGAUGUGCUGAUUCUCAAAUACGGGGUGCAGAAACGCGUCUACUGCAAGUCUAUUGUAGGUUUGGACUCAUUCCACUAUUUGAAGGUGAACAAGGUGCCUCAGCUCAAGCUGGUCUGGGCAAGUGAGGACCUAGAGAGUCCCCGUGAGGAGCAGGUGAUUUCCAUCUUCUCUGUGGUGGAGGUGCAGCUCAAAGCGGAAGAAGGACCUCUGAAAUACAGCGCAGUGCUCAAGAAGCCGGACACCAGCGAUCCUAGAGCGAACACUCACUCUGCAGAAAGUUUGGACUCGCACAUUUAGUGAAUAGGAAUGGGACUGUGAGUUUGGAUGUAGUACCGCUGGGUAGCUGCUAUCGGACCGGAGCCAAAUCUCAGCAAAGUCCAGUGCAAGGGCAGGAAAGGCUCUCAUAUAGGUUGAGUUUUUAAUGUUUUUAAGUGACCUCACAAAGCUGCUGUCCUUUAUCCAGGGCAGGCAUCACUUCUAGAAAUAACAUUCUUUCAGGUGUCAUGUGCUUCUGCCUUAACAAUAUUAAAUGUUUAGAUGGUUCUCAUUUCUCUUUAUGUCUGAAUCUUUUGUCUGACUUUUUAAAGCGUUUUAAAUCUGCCAUUGAAUAGAAACUGAGUAGCUAGAAUGUGAGCUCUGCUUCACUGCGACAGAAAACUACGUGUAAAGGGACGAUUCAGUCACUCUUCUGUAACUCUGUCUAGUCUUGUCUCAGAUCUGGAGAUCCCACAAACGUGGGCUUCAUGUAAUUUAUUGUUUUGUUUUUGUUGUUGUUGUUUUGACCAGAUGGCGUCAGUUUUAUGUUCUAUGAUUCUUAUUCAGUUUAAUUUGUGAAAACAGAUUAUUUUUUUUAAAUUUUAGUUUACAAUUGAUGACUUGCUUCUUGAUAAAGGAAGGAACCUCUUUGUGUUUAGUUACACUGACUGGUAUUAUCACACACCAGCAACGUUUCCUGUGACUCAGACGGGUUUUCCUUUAACACAUAGUGACCAGCAUGACUCAAAUAGGGAGAUCAUAGGUAACGUUAUCACGUAGCAUCAUGUUUGCCCUUUCACCUGGAUCUAGAUGUUUUCAUACACCAACAUGAGUGUUAAACUAAUCCUGGCCUUUCGUUGAUGCCUUCAUUCUGAAGGCUGAAACGGUGGUACACCAUAUAACUUGAAUGAUUAUUUUUAAAACAAGACCUCGGUGAAUAGGUUUGCAUUCUUAGAGCAACUGUAGUCAGACGUACGGAGUCUUACAUUGGCCUUCACACAGAAUAGUGAGGAACUGCCUUUUCAUUUUCUUUAAGCUCUUGAUGUGACACAGUGUUGGCUUUCCAGCUCUAAGACUUUCAGUUUACAAUAUUCAAGAUGGGCACAGGGCCUGUUAUAGACUCCUUAUGCACUAUUCUGGUAAAGAGAUGAGAUAUUGAACCUCUGCAGGUGUCUUGAUUUUUAAGCUCAUAGGACUUUUAUUUAAAAAUAAGGACUUGAUGUGUUUUUGCUGUCUAAAUAAAAUGCCGUGCUCUCUAUGUUCAGCGUGCCAAUGAAGCCAAAGACGAAUCCCUUGUCAACUCUUUCCUUUUGUUCUAAUAUUGGGAAGCACUGCUGAAACCCGGUGGCCUUAGAGGCCUUGUGGAAUUUCUCCCUUGCGUACGUGCUUCCAUCCGCAAUUCAUUUCUUGCCUUUUUCUGUGUCUGAGAGCAGAGUUGACCCGUGGAGCAGCAACGCGCUCAUUCUUAAUCAGAUGUUAAUUGACAUCUUAAAUUGAGCUAAUGAGCGUGGCUGGAUUAAAUCAGGAGCGAGUGAGAGCGCGGCUGUGUGUUACCACAGAUGGGCGCCACACACUCCUGUUUUUCCUUUCUGUAAAAGAUUGUGGCAUUUGUGAAAAACCACCAGCAGUGUUUUUUAUUUUCUCUAAGCUUAUUUUGAACCUUGUAAAUUUGAGUCAAGGGACAGGAGAGAUUUGUGAUUUAGGCUAAGGAAGAAAGAAAAAAAGACUAACAUAUUCUGUUUACCUUUUGGUUAUGUUGUCAAGUGUAACCUAGAUGGUCGGUAUUUACCAUGUGUUGUUUCAGUCUGUCUCUGAUUCACCCAAAGAUUGUACUCCCUUGUCUUUUGCUUCCUGAAAAUAUAGCCAUUCAUCCAAA